UGGUUCUUUGAGGUUGGAGGAAAUCCGGGUCCGUGGAAAAAUAGUGAAUACGUUGUGCUAUCAAGGAUUCAAUCAUUUUUAUUUUAUUUUUUGGUAAUUUCCCGCUGAGCAUUGGAAUAAUGAUUUGAAAAAAGGGUGGGAUAUUACAGCUAAUAAAAUAGCUGUAACAUAGGAUAUGUGUUUGUUUUGUUUCUCCGCCCUAACCGGAAAAGUGGAGCAAGUCGUCAUUAUUUUUUAUUUCUUCAGGUGACGUGUUGUCGGAUCCCCGUUUUCUUCUCUUACUCCUGUCAGUAAAAGUACUGAGUGUACCCGGAUUUAAGCGAAGGGGUGGGGGCAGUUUAACGUGCAGCAUCCCGGAUGUCCCCCGGUGUCCGGCUCCAACGUUAAGGCUACUCGGUGAGCGUUAACGGACCGUCUGGGCCUGGAGUCCGAGCGAUCCAGCCGCCACACUGGUUUGGUUGCUUCUUCAUCGCCACGGAGGUGAAUCGACGGUGCUGGAACUGGAUAGCUCCCCGGUGGCUACAGGAGGACGAUGGCAGCGCUCUGUGUCUUGAUCCUGGGCUUGUUCUCAGGCUGGGCAUUGGGCUACAAGCAAGGGGACAAUGUGACUCUUUAUGUCAACAAAGUGGGCCCUUAUCAUAACCCUCAGGAGACUUAUCACUACUACACCCUGCCUGUUUGCAGACCAGAUAAGGUGCACCACAAGUCCCUGAGUCUGGGCGAAGUGCUGGACGGGGACAGGAUGGCCGAGUCUUUAUACCACAUCCGCUUCAGAGAGAAUGUGGAAAGAAAAACUCUCUGCAAGCUCACUCUAUCAGAAAAACAGGUGGACGAGCUCCGCGAGGCCAUCGAGGAACUGUAUUACUUUGAAUUCGUCUUAGACGAUAUUCCCAUCUGGGGGUUUGUGGGAUACAUAGAGGAGAGCGGCUUCCUGCCUCACAGCCAUAAGGUGGGUUUGUGGACUCACCUCGACUUCAACAUCGAGUACAACGGCGACAACGUGAUCUUCGCCAACGUCUCUGUGAAGGACGUCAAGCCCUUUCCCCUGGAGGAGGGGGCGGGGUCAGCGGUGGGGGGAGUCGGCGUGGGGGGAGGCAGCCUGACCAUCACACACACCUACAGCGUCCGCUGGUACGAGUCCAACCUGCCUUUUGCUCGGAGAGCCGAGCGCCUCAGAGAUUACUCGUUCUUCCCGAAAACCCUGGAGAUCCACUGGUUGUCCAUCAUCAACUCACUGGUGCUGGUGGUGCUGCUGCUGGGCUUCGUCAUCAUCAUCCUCAUGCGGGUCCUUAAGAAUGACUUUGCCAGGUACAAUGUGGAAGAGGAGGGCGGCUGUGAUGAUUUGGACCAAGGAGACAACGGCUGGAAAAUCAUCCAUACAGAUGUUUUCAGGUUCCCGCCCUUUAAGAGCCUGCUGUGUGCCGUUCUGGGCGUUGGAGCUCAGUUCCUGACCCUGGCCACUGCCAUCAUCCUCAUGGCGUUGCUGGGAAUGUUCAAUGUCCACCGACACGGGGCCAUCAACUCGGCCGCCAUCGUCCUGUACGCUCUGACCAGCUGCGUAUCGGGCUACGUCUCCUGCAGCUUCUACACGCAGAUCAACGGGCAGCGCUGGGUGUGGAACAUCAUCCUCACCUCCUCUCUUUUCUCAGCUCCCCUUUUCCUCACCUGGAGCGUGGUGAACUCCGUCCACUGGUGGAGCGGCUCCACUCAGGCUCUGCCGGCCACCACAGUGCUCCUCCUGCUGUGUGCCUGGGUUCUGGUUGGCUUCCCCCUCACCGUCAUCGGCGGGAUUGUGGGAAAGAACCGGGCCGGCAGCUUCCAGGCGCCGUGCCGCACUCGUAACAUCCCCCGGCAGAUCCCCCCUCAGCCCUGGUACAAACACGCCGUGGUACACAUGGCCAUCGGUGGCUUCCUGCCUUUCAGUGCCAUCUCAGUGGAACUCUACUAUAUCUUCGCCACCGUUUGGGGCCGAGAACACUACACCCUCUACGGCAUCCUGCUCUGCGUCUUCGCCAUCCUCCUCUCGGUGGGCGCCUGCAUCUCCGUAGCCCUGACCUACUUCCUGCUGUCGGGCGAGGACUACAGGUGGUGGUGGAGGAGUGUGCUGAGCACCGGAUCCACGGGCCUCUUCAUCUUUGUCUAUUCUGUUUUCUACUAUCGUAACCGCUCCUCCAUGAGCGGCCUGGUGCAAAGCUCUGAGUUCUUCGGAUACUCCCUGCUUACAGCGAUGGUGUUCUCGCUGAUGCUGGGCAGCGUGUCGUUCUGGGCAUCGCUGGCAUUUAUUCGCUAUAUCUACCGCAGCCUCAAAAUGGAUUGAACUGCAGAGGCCCCAAACAAACAGACGCAGCGACAGACUUCAGUGUCUUCUCUCACUCCAUGUCUCCUGUUGUGUGAAUGGGAGAAGUUCUAGGGGCCUUGGACUUUUCAUGAAGGGUUUUAUAAUGAACUCCAAAUGCAGGUUCUGGUUGAAUAAGGGAAAGUAUGUGUGUUGGGAUGUGGGAUUCAGGAGGAAAAGAGACAAUUGCUCUCUGCUAGCAUCAUGAGUAAAACUUGCUAUGAUGCAUUAGUGUGCAUCACCCGGUACUUAAAGUGCAUCAACAGGUCUAGCUAAAUCCUGUUAUUUGCUGUAUUAUGCCGGCCAUUAAAAGUUAUAGAACAUGAAUAAAAUGCUGUGGUGCAAGUGAUACUUGCAGCGACUUCCACAACCCGUUACAAAAAAAACAGAAAUGUUUUGCACGGAGAUGAAGUUUUUUUGUGCUGGAAGAAAUGCCUUGUAGAUUUAAGAGCUUUUGCUAAAUGUUGGGAAGGGGAGCAAUAUUGUAAUUGUACUGUAUGGUCACCAUUGACUUUGGUUCUGAUGUAAAUACUUUUUCAAUAAAGUGCUUU